AUGGCGCCAAGUGUCGAGGUCGAGGCGACGCUGCCCCGGUCUAGCAUCGCGCGCACGACGCGCCGCCGAAAGACCGCCCGGAAACCUGCGGCCCGGGGUGUCGACGCGCCCGAGCCCAUCAAGAGGACCACCUUGGUGCGGCGCCGCCCGCGCCCCAGCAAGCCCCAGCCGCCCACGACGACCGCGCUCGUGCGCCGCCGGCCGCGGCCGCCCAAGCCCCAGCCGCCCACCCUUAACUUACGGGAAUUGGUAGAGGCGGACCCGGCGGCGAAGUACGACCGCCUGCCGCGCUUGCCUGGUUUAGAACCGCGCAACACCGAUCCUUCGGGCGAGGGCUACGCUUCUGGGUAUGGUCGAACACGCAAAAAAGUAUUCUACGACGUACCUGAACAGCUGGGGGAGCUGUCCGUCCAGAGCGGGUUCUCCGGCUCGCUAGGUUUGAGGGAGAAGCCUUCAGCGAGCGAUUACGAGAAGCUGCCCGGAGCCCCUUCAUUUGGGGCUGUCGAGUUGUUUUCCGCUGCCUUGGAUGAAGACAAACCGGACCGAAACGGUCCCACCACGCCCGUCAAACAAAGAUUGUUCGAGCCGGACCUGCCGCCCUACUCUCCGCAGUACGUCCCGAAGCCGUCUCCCGUCUCAGAUGAUGAAAGUGUGGCCAGACGAGCUUUUCCCUUCUCGCCACCGCACACGCGCAAGCUGCACAUCAAGCCAAGACCGAAGACGUGGUCCGGCGUGCGCGUGCGCGUGUUCGGGGACAUGGCGGCGCGCGAGUUACUUACUGGUGCUUUUCGAGCCGAGGAUCGCCGGUCGAAGUCCGCCCCGUCCGCCUGGAAGGCCGUGAAGAAGCGCGUGCAUGGGGACAUGGCGGCCCGCGAGUUGUUGAUGGGGGCCUACCGGACAGAGAGUGACGAGAUCGAGGAUUGGCGGGAUCCCAACGAGGCGACCUUCCAGCAGACGCCGGGCGCGGAGGCGAUGUCGCCGGGCGCCAUGUCGCCUCCCAAUGGUGUGGCGCCCUACGGCCACACGCCGGCCAAAGCUGAUCAAGAUCCGGGCUCGCCUGAAAGGCAGGAUCAAGCCGCGGCCAAGGUCCAAGCGCGCAUUCGGGGCCGGAACGCGCGCGAGGCUGUUGGCAGAAGAAUGCCGAUGCGGCCGUCCUUCGACGACGGCGGGUGCCCGUCGCCGCACAAAGGUUCUGCGAGCCCGCUCGACGACGCGUCCGUCGACACCGUGUCCAUAGCUGAUCCAAGGCGGCCGCCGCGCGGGCCGAGAUUCAUGUUGAGAGUACGCGCCUCCAAGACGCGCGACGAGCAGCGGCGAGUGGUCGGUAGGGACGACUUGAGAUCACUGAGGCAUGCAUCCAAGUGCGCCCUCGCGACUCUAGGUGUCGAGGACUCUGUGAGGAAGCGGCCCGGCUUUGGAUUAUGUUACAAGGAUCCGGUGACGCGCCGGACGAUCUCGUUACUGAAUGAUGAGGACUGGCUCGCCGCUCGAGAUGGGGGAUUACGUCUACCGCAGCCCCAGGUCUUCCUGCUCGUCGACGUGGGCGAGCCUCUGAGGGCUCUGCGGACGUGCCGCGUCGAGUUCAAUCGUGUAGAAUUGAGGGGCAAGGCGCCGUCGUUCGACUUGCUGGCUCGAACGCUUCUGCCCCAUAAACUGGCGGACGCGCGGCGCCCGCCCGAGAAGUCGCCUCCCAAGAACCGGACGCCGCUCAAGGAGCGAAGGCGGCGGUUGGCGCUGAAUUUGGAGGCGGGGUUGUCGCUGGCGACGGCGUAAUGUGGUGUGGAAUAUACUAGAAGUUAGGUGUGGGGCGAUUCGCGCGCGCGGAGCGCUGCUCGCGCCCCUUGUAGGGCUCGCACAAUCGAACCUACGGUCGGGUUUGCGCCACCGAGCACGCGCCGCGCGAUCCGUUCCGUGUCCUCGAGCGUCCUCACAGCCUCGCGGAGAUCGUCGAGCGUGGCGGCGGGGUCCUUGAAGAGCGCCCGCGCAUCCGCGCACCGCGACGGUUUUUCUUGGGGCCACGAAGUCGAGGUCCGGGAGGUGACACAAACAACACACACAGGUCAAGGAGUGGACGAAGAAGGGCCGCAAGGCCCUGUUCGAAGGUUCUAGGGAUUGCGCGUGGGUCGCCGAAGAUCCCGAGAACCGGUGUGGGCACCGCGGCGAGGUCACGGCCAAGGAGGUCUGUCGCAAGGCUUGUGGAUUCCCCGGUGGUGUUGAUAGACCGACCUUCGAGGUCGAGUCCGAGGCGCCCACCUACAACGCGGAUCCGACGCUGCGAGGCGGCUUCGGCGGUUUAGAUGCGGCUGCCGUCACCUCUUUAGCGGUCGGCGCCCCUGCGUCUGACUCACCUUCGUCCGUGCACCGCGAUGGCGUCUUAGAGGUCCCGUCCCCUCCGGUCCGGAAGGUGACAAAAAAAACAACACAGGUCAACGCGCUCGAGAAGAUGAAGAAGCUCGCCAAGUCGGCGCCGCGGUCCUGCGACUGGGUCGCGGCGGAUCCUGGGCAUCGUUGUGACGAGCGGGGCACCGUCGCGGCGGAAGACGCGUGCCACGCGGCGUGCUACGCGCAGGAGCUCAAGAACCUGAAGCGCGAGACGUGGAGCGCGCAGCAGCCGCUCCGGGCGCCGUGA